UGGCGCAACCUCAAAGGACUCGAGCAAGCGGGAAGGGGCCAUGAUCCCAGCGGUGUCAAUGCAACUUCUGCUGCAGAAUGUGUUGUAUCUUGUCCGGCAUGUCCUCAUCCUGGAAAUAAUUUACCAGAGGACUGGGAGGACGCACCACAAGACACCAGGUAUGUAACUAAGUUCAGACUCACAGUAACCAUUGAGUCUUCACUGUAA